CUUCCGCUUCCGCUAUGACGUCACGACCCGAAACAUUGGCGGCUUUUUCGUAUUUUGGGUGUGAUUGGCUGCUCCGGCUAGCUAAAGCUUUGAUUGUCGUCCUUUGAAACUAUUGCCGACUAGAUAUAUGGAUCCGGAUGAAUUGCUUAAAAAUGCAAAGGCUCUUUCCAAGCAAAUGUCAGAGUACCAGGGCAUCCUGCCGCCAGACCCCCCGGUCAGCAAGCAGUGCUCGGAGGCUGCGUGGGAAGAGCUGCUGGUUGAAUGUGACGAGCAGUUUAACUACAUGCAGCAGCUUCAGAAUGACAUCGCUGUGACAGAUGCGGACUCUUCUGAGAACCAGUUAAAUGAGACAGAGAACCGGAUAAAUACUUUGACAGCAGAGCUGAAGCAGUGGGAAGAGAGUGAGCCAAGAUUGCUGUCCGUAAAUCCUGAAGUGUUACUCUCCGUGGGAAGAGAGGAGUUGUCUCAGCUGAAUGCACAACUUGAGAUGGUUCUGUCUUGUUGUCAAGCAAAGAGGGAUAAACUCAGAGAGAUUUUAAAAAGUGAGCGGAAAUGGUUAGAAGAAAAGGAGGAGGUGUUGAGGGCAGCCACCGAACAAGUAAAGGCAUUGCAAGAAGAAAAUGAGAGACUAUCAGAAACAAGUGUUUUACUGGACAUGAAGAAAAAACUUAAGAAAAUGAAAGAUUUCCAGGAUAACUUGCUGAGCACGCUUAGUGACAUACUGCAGGAACAUUUCCCGCUUCCUCAGGAGGGCGAGAACGGCAACAAAAGGAAGAAGAAAUUUCGUCCGGAGCCAAGAGGAGACCUCAUUUCUCUCCACGAUAUCCUGGAGCUCCUCAUGAACAAGACGGUGGAAACCCCUCAUGAACCUUACGUGGUGAUGAACGAGAGCUUCUGGCCACCGUACAUUGAGAUGCUGCUCCGAUAUGGAAUCGCAUCCAGACAUCCAGAUGAUUCCGUCAAAAUUCGCUUGGAGUCUUUUUAUUAGUGACAGUGACACAUUCAUGCUCUAGAUAUAUUGUUGCUCAUGUAAAAUAUAAUAUCUCAAUAUGAUGUGUAGUCUGUGCUGUGCUUUAUAAUUGGGCUCGGGCAUUUACACACAAUUAUUGCACCUUGAGAUCAAUAUUCUGUUUUUUAAACUGUAUAUAAGCUUCCUGUAUAUGUACUGUGAUAAACUUAUUUAUUUAGUUUUAAUGUCACCCAUUGUCAAUGCUGAUCUUAGCUUAGAAUAAAUAAAGAGUGUCUAGAGGAAAACAGUGGAACAGUUCAACAGGAUUUUGCAGUGUAAUUCCUUUAGCUGUACUGCAGAAUGUAAGUGCUUUAUAAGUAAUACAUUUCCUGUAUGAGAUGUACAUAAUGUCAGUGCUAUGUUUAUCUACUAAAGACAUUACUGAUUUGAA